CAGUAUGCAUGUAAGGAAGUAGGUCACUGUUAUGCGAAACUGAUGUUUGUCUGCCCACGACAUCUACGCAUUUUAACGGUUCCUCCUGUAGUAGAUUUUGCUGAAUUAUUGCCUGGAAAAAAAAUAACCCUUUUUUUUCUUCUCCCUUGUUUCUUUAAAAAAAAACCUUAUUUGUUUGGUUGGCCCGGGCAAAAGUUAGCAUUUGAUUUGAGCUGAUCGAGAGAGAAAGAGAAAGACAGUGAGAGAGAGAGAGAGAAAGCAGAGACGUUUUCAUCACUGUAAAUGACGUAAAAUAUAAAAGAUAUAGGAGGUACAAAAGGAGGACAAACUCGGUGCAUUGACCCUGAAGCAAAGACAACUGCAGCGACCAUGCGUGACAUUGCCUGCUGUCUGCCGUUUUUCUUCGGCAGCAUAUCCCGGUCAGAAGCCGACGAAUACCUACGGAUGGGGGGGAUGUCUGACGGACUCUUCCUGCUGCGUCAAUGUCUGCGCAGCCUUGGAGGCUACGUCAUAUCUAUUGCCUACGAGUCGAAGAUCUACCACUAUACAAUUGAACGGCAGAUGAAUGGGACGCUGGCCAUCUCUGGCGGGAAGCCCCACUGUGGGCCUGAGAUUCUGUGUGAGUACUACUCGCGGGACGCUGACGGACUGUGCUGCGUACUUCGCAAGCCUUGCAUCCGGCCGUCUGGUGUGGAGCCGAAAUCCGGCGUCUUCGACAGUCUUAGGGACAGCAUGCUGAGGGAGUAUGUUCGUAAAACGUGGAACCUGGAGGGCGAGGAUCUGGAACAAGCAAUUAUCACUCAAGCUCCACAGUUAGAGAAACUAAUUGCAACCACUGCCCAUGAGAAGAUGCCCUGGUACCAUGGUUCCAUCUCUCGGUCAAAUGCAGAACAACUAUUAUACUCCAAUAACCAGACAGAUGGGAAAUUUCUACUCAGGGAGCGAAAUACGCCAGGAACAUACGCACUUUCUAUGAUCUAUGGCAAGACAGUUUACCAUUACAAAAUAGACAUGGAUAAGUCGGGAAAGUUUUCUAUUCCGGAGGGAUCAAAGUUCGAUACUCUCUGGCAGCUGGUGGAAUAUUUGAAGCUCAAGCCUGAUGGAGUUGUCUUUACUCUUCGUGAAACCUGCAACAGCCCGAGCCACCCUGAUUCACUGAGACCUCCCUCACUUCCUCCUAAUAGACUAAGUGUUGUGGCCCUUAACAUCAAUGCUGAUGGAUACACACCAGACCCGGUUAAAGGUAGGGUUCCUCUACCCAUGGAUUCCAACGUGUUUGGAAGCAUCUACAGUGACCCGAAAGAGAUGAAGCUCUACCUCCUGCGAGAAAACCUGAUGAUAGACGAAUUGGAGCUGGGAUCUGGCAACUUUGGCUCUGUGAAAAAAGGAGUUUAUAAGUUGCCAAAGAAGCAUAUCGAUGUCGCCAUUAAAGUGCUGAAAAACGACAACGAGAAGUCACUGAAGGAUGAACUGAUGAAAGAGGCGCAGUUUAUGCAGCAAUUGGAUCAUCCGUACAUUGUGCGUUUAAUUGGUGUGUGCGACGCAGAGCACCUGAUGUUGGUGAUGGAGAUGGCAUCGGGAGGACCUCUCAAUAAAUUCCUGUCCAGUAAAAAAGACCAGAUUUCUGUGGACAACAUCGUGGAGCUACUCUUCCAGGUGUCUGAGGGCAUGAAGUACCUGGAGCAAAAGAACUUUGUGCACAGGGAUCUCGCUGCAAGAAAUGUGCUCAUUGUCCAUCAACAUUAUGCCAAGAUUAGUGAUUUUGGAUUGUCCAAAGCGAUAGGUGCUGAUGAUAAUUACUACAAGGCUCGAACAGCCGGAAAAUGGCCUGUGAAGUGGUAUGCCCCGGAGUGCAUCAAUUUCCGCAAGUUUUCCAGCAAGGCUGACGUCUGGAGCUUUGGCGUGACAAUGUGGGAAGCAUUCAGUUUUGGGCAAAAGCCAUACAAGAAAAUGAAAGGUCCAGAUGUCGUUUCGUUCAUUGAACAAGGCGGGCGAUUGGAGCGUCCCAACGAAUGCCCAGAGGAGAUGCACAAGCUCAUGCAGGAGUGCUGGAUUUACAAGUGGGAAGAACGACCUGGAUUUGUUCACGUUGAGGAUAAAAUGCGCGACUACUACUAUAAGUUGACUCAGCAGCUGGCAGCAGCCGACGAUGCAGCAGAUAAGAGCUGAAGAUACAUUUAUCUGCCGAAGCAAUCUACGUAUUUUCUAUCAUUAAGAGCUUCUGUAGUCAAUAGCUAUGAAAGCUUAUUGCGACUUUAAACCUAGAAAAUUUAAACACGUCAUUCAUCAACCAACGGGACUUUGAUCAGAAUUGGUUAAGUGCCUUGUGAUGCCUUCCUGACGUGAAAGGCUCUAUACAAAUGCAACUGUUUUUUCAAGUAAUUGAUCUCAUCUUCUGUGCCACCAAAAUUCAAUCUGAAAUCCCACAAAUGAGCUGCACAAUGUAUUGUCUUUCAUCAGAACUGCUAGUCCUGAACUUGCACGAGUUAGUGAAUAGUCCUGGUAAAAUGUUAAUUUUUAAAAUAAAUAAAUAAAUAUAUCCAACGCU